AGGUCCAGCAAGUCGUCGCCGAAGUUUUGGGUCUGCCGGCGAAUCGGGUCGUCUGCCGAGUCAAGCGAAUGGGCGGCGGGUUCGGCGGUAAAGAGACUCGAUCGGCCGUGCUGGCUGCUCCGGCCGCCGUGGCCUCCUACCGGCUUCAACAGCCCGUCCGUUGCAUGCUGAACAGUGACGAGGACAGCAUGAUGAGCACAGGAAUCCGCCAUCCGUUUCUGGCCAAAUACAAAGUCGGAUUCGAUUCGACCGGCUGGCUGACGGCCCUCGACGUCCAACUCUUUUCCAACGGCGACAACACCAUGGACCUUUCCCGCGGCAUCAUGGAGAGGGCCGUCUUCCACAUCGACAACGCCUACCGCAUUGAGAAUCUCCGCUGUCACGGAAUCGUCUGCCGGACCAACUUGCCGUCCAACACGGCCUUCCGCGGUUUCGGCGGCCCUCAAGGCAUGGCCGUCGUCGAAAACGUCAUGGUAGACGUGGCCUCUUACCUGGGCCUGGAUCCCACGGCCGUCCGAUCGCUCAACCUGUACCGAGAGGGCGACAGCACCCACUACAACCAACGGCUGGACUACUGCACGCUGGAUCGCUGCUGGAACGAGUGCCAAGCUCUGGCUGGCCUGAAAGACCGCCGGAAGGAAAUUGAAAGUUUCAAUCGACUCCACCGAUUCAAGAAGCGCGGACUGGCCAUCAUUCCCACCAAGUUCGGCAUCGCUUUCACGGCCCUGUUUCUCAACCAAGCCGGAGCUCUGGUGCACGUCUACAAAGACGGAUCGGUGUUGUUGACCCAUGGAGGGACCGAAAUGGGCCAGGGAUUGCACACGAAAAUGCUCCAAGUGGCCAGCCGAGCGCUCAACAUUCCCGUCGAUUUGAUUUUCAUUUCGGAGACGUCGACGGACAAAGUGCCCAACACGUCGCCCACGGCAGCCAGCGCUGGAUCUGACCUCAACGGCAUGGCUGUUCUUAAUGCUUGUCAAAUUCUGGUGGAUCGACUAGCGCCCAUCCGCAAAUCCCAUCCGGACGGAAGUUGGCAAGAGUGGAUCAUGCAAGCUUAUUUCCAGCGCAUCAGUCUCUCAACAACUGGCUUCUACAAGACUCCUGGCAUUGGCUACGAUUUCGCCACCAACAGCGGGUCUCCUUUCCGGUAUUUUAGUUUCGGCGCAGCUUGUUCCGUCGUUGAAGUCGAUUGUCUGACGGGCAACCACAGGGUAUUGAGGACGGAUAUAGUCAUGGAUCUUGGUGAAAGUUUUAAUCCGGCCAUCGAUAUCGGCCAAGUCGAGGGAGGAUUCGUUCAAGGACUGGGUUUGUUCACUCUAGAAGAACCGCUCUUCUCGCCAGCCAACGGCCAAGUCAUCACGCGUGGGCCGUCUAAUUACAAAAUUCCUUCCGCUGAUGACAUUCCGGAAGAGUUUAACGUCUCUCUUCUUCGAGGCUGUCCCAAUCCGCAUGCUGUUUACUCUUCUAAAGCUGUUGGAGAGCCACCUUUAUUCUUGACAUCCAGCGUGUUUUUCGCUAUCAAAGACGCCAUCCAUUCGGCCAGAACUGAAUUCGGAUUAACCGGAAACUUCUCAAUCAAUUCGCCCGCCACGGCCGAACGCAUUCGAAUGGCCUGCAAAGACCACCUCAUUCAGAUGGUUUCGAAGCCUGAACCGGGUACAUUUUUGCCGUGGGCAGCAUCGGUCUAG